AUGCGGAUCCAAAUCAAGGGCGGCGUGUGGAAAAACACCGAGGAUGAGAUCCUCAAGGCGGCGGUGAUGAAGUACGGAAAGAACCAGUGGAGCCGCGUGAGCUCGCUGUUGAACCGGAAGAGCGCGAAGCAGUGCAAGGCGCGAUGGUACGAGUGGCUCGAUCCGAGUAUCAAGAAGACGGAGUGGACGCGAGAGGAGGAUGAGAAAUUGUUACAUCUGGCGAAACUCAUGCCGACGCAGUGGCGCACGAUCGCGCCGGUGGUCGGACGGACGCCGAGUCAGUGCUUGGAGCGGUAUGAGAAGUUGCUCGACGCGGCGUGCGCGAAGGAUGAGGAUUACGACGCCGGGGAUGAUCCGCGACGACUGCGACCGGGGGAAAUCGAUCCUAACCCAGAGACGAAGCCGGCGAAACCGGACGCGGUGGAUAUGGACGAGGACGAGAAGGAGAUGCUGGCCGAAGCGCGAGCGAGAUUAGCGAACACGAAGGGUAAGAAGGCGAAGCGGAAGGCUCGGGAGAAGCAGCUCGAGGAGGCGAGGAGAUUGGCGGAGUUGCAGAAGAAGCGAGAGCUCAAGGCGGCGGGCAUCGCGCACGUGCGGAAGGCGAAGCGCGUGCGCGGGGUCGAUUACAACGCCGAGAUCGCGUUCGAGCGAAAACCGGACGCGGUGAUGUACGACACAAGAGAAGAAGACGAAGCUUUCGCCAAGAUGCAAGCUGCAAAAGUGUUUAAGCCAAUCUCCCUCGCUGAGCUCGAGGGCAAAAAGUCAGCCAAGGAGAUGGAUGAGGCAAACAAAAAGCUCGCCGAGGCGAGACAAAAGAUGCAAGAGCGUCGGGACAUGCCAGGCGCGGUUCAGCAAAAUCUUAAGGCGAACGAUGCGUCUUUCACGCGACGAUCAAAGUUGCUUCUACCGACGCCGCAAGUCUCCGACAGAGAGUUAGAGGACAUCGCAAAGAUGGGCAAGGGUGUGAGUGGAUUACUCGAUGACGGCGGUACGACGCCGGCCUCCGCUCUUUUAAGCUCAUAUGAGCAGACUCCGGCGACUUCGACGGCGCGCACUCCCAUGCGCACUCCCAUGGUUGAGGGAGACGCCAUCUUGCGAGAGGCGCAGCAGCAAGCGGCCCGCCGCAACCAAAAGUCCACACUCUUUGGCGGUGGUGAAGAGGCGGCGGCGCUAAUGCCCACCGAUUUCGCGGGAGCGACGCCCAGUCGCACUAGGGCGACGCCGACGCCGUCUCGAAGCGAAGUGAGUUCGCAAAUGGGCACGACGCCAUUGCUGCACGGACAAACGCCUAUUCGUGACGGGUUGCACAUCAACGAUCAGUACGCCGCGCACUUCACCGAUUUGUCAGAGCGCGAACGUCGCGCCCACGCCGCGUCCACGAGUGCGUCUCUGAAGGGUGCGUUCAUGUCCCUUCCGAAGCCACAGAAUGAGUAUCAAGUCGAUUUACCUGAGGCGGAGGAGAUGGAGGACGAACUUAUGGAGGACGCCAUUGUUGAAGACGAAGCAGAUGCGCGCGCGCGUCAGGCCGCGGCGCUGGCAGAAUACGAAGCUAUGCAAAUGCGCAAGCGGUCGCGUGCUGUUCAACUCGAUCUUCCUCGGCCGACCGAAAUGGUAGUCGUCGAGCCGCUCGCCGGGGACGCCAUGUCCAAACUGGUGAACGACGAAGCGACGGACUUGCUCGCUCACGAUGUCGCCAAAUACAGUAAGAAUACGAGACCAGCGGUGAGUAUUGAAGAGUUUGAUGAGUCAUUAAUGACGAACGCCCGUGAACUCAUUGAGGCCGAAGCGCAGGAAAUGCUUCGCGAACAGAAUAGUUCUCGCGAAGACUUCGCGGACGCCUUCAUCGCGGCGCUCGUUGAAGAACGCAAGAAAAACAUCUUCGUCCCUAGCCUCAAUUCGAAUAUUUCCGUCGAUGAAGCCACAGAAGAACAGCGCCUUGAAGCCGCCAAGGCGUGCUUCGAAAGCCUGCGAAGGGAUAUGGAGAAGGACGCCAAACGCGCCUCCAAGUUGGAGCAAAAGUGUAAUCUGCUCACUGCGGGUCUUCAGAAGCGCGACGGCGAGCUGCGCCAAAAGCUCAAAAAGACUGUGGAUGAAAUCCAGUCACUCGCGAUAGAAGCCGAGUCUUUCGCAAUGUUACACGAGCAAGAGCAACGCGCCGCUCCGGAACGAAUUGAAUACUGGCUCGAGUUGGUGCAAGCGGCUCGCGCGAGAGAGAAACUUCUCCAAGAGAAGUACUCGCAGUUGACGAGAGAGCUGAACGCGCGUUAG